AUGCCAACACAAGGUCGCUCUCCACCCACAUCCGCCGCCGAGGUCCACCAACAACAUCAAGCCGCCCAAUCCGCCCAGCAAUCCUCCUCCUCCUCCCAACAAGACGCACUCUCCGUACUCCUCGUCACCGCAGGCUACGACCACACCAUCCGCUUCUGGGAAGCGUGGUCCGGCAUCUGCUCGCGCACCAUCCAACACCCUGACUCCCAGGUAAACCGUCUCUCGAUCAGCCCCGACAAGCGCUUCCUCGCGGCCGCUGCCAACACGCACAUCCGUCUAUACGACUGUUCAAUAGCUUCGCCGGCGAGUAUCGCUGCUGCCAACGCUGCUGCUGCUGGUGGUACUGCAGGCGGGUCGGGAAACGCCGGUGUCGGAGCACCUGCUCAGCCGAUCGCGACGCUCGAAGGGCAUACAGGCAAUGUGACGGGUAUCGCGUGGCACUGCGACAUGCAAUGGCUGGUUUCCGGAGGCGAAGAUGGUUUGCUCAAGAUUUGGGAUCUGAGGACAUCGCGUGCGACCAGGAUAUACGACCACAGGGGUCCGGUGAACGACGUGGUGGUGCAUCCGAACCAGGGCGAGCUGGUGAGUUGCGAUCAGAACGGCAGCGUCAAGGUGUGGGAUCUCGGGCAGAACGGGUGCAGUCACGAGCUGGUGCCGGAGGAAGGCGUGCCGAUCAGAUCGGUCACGGUGGCUGCGGAUGGGAGCUGCUUGGUGGCGGGAAACAAUACGGGCAAAGUGUACGUUUGGCGGUUCAUCAAUGGCGUGUAUGAUGCGCAGCAGGCGGGAGGAGGGGGUGCAGCAGGAGCGCCGGUCGCGGCGACGGCGGGUGGGGAUUUCACAGAGUUGCAACCUGUGACUACGUUCCAGGCGCACGAAAAGUACCUCACGAGAGUGCUGCUUAGUCCAGACGUAAGACACCUCGCGACGUGUUCAGCAGACGCAACGGUCAAAAUCUGGUCCACCUCCCGGUACGAGUUCGCGCUCGAAAAGACGCUCGUCGGUCACCAACGCUGGGUGUGGGAUGCAGCCUUCAGCGCCGACUCGGCGUACCUGGUCACCGCCUCUUCGGAUCACGUGGCGAGGCUGUGGGAGUUGGCGUCGGGCGAAACGGUGAGGCAGUACAACGGUCAUCACAGAGCGGCGGUGUGUGUCGCGCUGAACGAUGCUUCGCUGGGUGGACCGUAG